CGCAACAAAAGCCACUCUAUCCCGUGUAAAGACAGUGUACUUUCCUCUAAAAUGCUUGCAGGAGAGGUGGUAUUUAGAACUUUUCCAGCUUAAUCGAUUUUUAAAACUCUGUAGGGACCUCCUACUCAAAGUGACCUUGUAUUUUAUGUACUUUGCUCACCUUUUUUUUUUUUUUUUUUUUUGGAACUCUGCUGACUUAAUUUAGUGAAGGAAAGACAUUUGUUAAUAGAAGCAGCAAAAUGUGGGGAUUUCGAAAGACUUCUCUAACAGCAAAUGUUCCCAGUUCGUGCAGCUUGCAAAAUGGGCUGGGACUUGAAACUGUGCGGCACUAAAACAAUGCUGCUGUGCAGCCGCGGUGAGGAGGAGAGGACAGGGGGAGGAGGAAGGAAUUUGCAAGUGCGAUUUUCUUUUUAUUCCCUUUUAAAUGCACAUCCUUUUCAAGCCUCUGUCACGUGUCGACAGUGCUCCUUCUGCUCUACAUAUGGAAUAAAUAUCUCGGAAAACUGUCUCGUCCUGUUUUGGUUGGGUCUUUUCUUUCUUUUAGUUUGUUUUGUUUAGGGUUCGAGGGUUUUUGUGUGUGUGUGUGUUGGGGGUAUUUUUUUGUUUGUUUGUUCUUUUGUGGGUUUGGGGGAAUUUUUUUGUUUGGUUGUUUGAGGUUUUUUGGGGGGGAAGGGGAGAGGGAGCAUCUGUAUAUUUCUUUUUUAAACUGCGCUUCCAAAUGGGCCGUAGUAGCUGCGGGUUAUGAACCGGACAAAUAAAAGGAAACAGUCUAGUAAAAGUCACGGCAAGGCGCACGUGCUGUGUCUGGGUCACUGGUGGCCGCCACUGAUCCGUCUGGGUGUCCCUCCUGCCCCCCGCCCCGCAGCUGGGAACUGCUGGCUCCGGCAGGCGCGGAACGGGCGCUGCCAGGUCCUCUACAAAACCGACCUCAGCAAGGAGGAGUGCUGCAAGAGCGGCCGCCUGACCACGUCCUGGACGGCGGAGGACGUCAACGACAACACGCUUUUUAAGUGGAUGAUUUUUAAUGGGGGAGCCCCAAACUGCAUCCCAUGCAAAGAAACAUGUGAGAAUGUGGACUGUGGACCCGGGAAGAAAUGUAAAAUGAAUAAGAAGAACAAACCUCGGUGUGUUUGUGCUCCGGAUUGCUCUAAUAUCACUUGGAAGGGCCCCGUGUGUGGCUUAGAUGGGAAAACCUACAGGAACGAGUGUGCCCUUCUCAAAGCCAGAUGUAAAGAACAGCCCGAACUUGAAGUCCAGUAUCAGGGCAAAUGCAAAAAGACCUGCAGGGAUGUCUUGUGCCCAGGCAGCUCCACGUGUGUGGUUGACCAAACCAACAAUGCCUACUGUGUGACAUGUAAUCGAAUUUGUCCAGAGCCUACCUCCCCUGAACAGUAUCUCUGUGGGAAUGAUGGCAUAACUUACGCCAGUGCCUGCCACCUGAGAAAAGCCACCUGCUUGCUGGGCAGAUCCAUUGGAUUAGCGUACGAAGGAAAAUGCAUCAAAGCCAAAUCCUGUGAAGACAUUCAGUGCACUGCUGGGAAGAAAUGCCUGUGGGAUUUUAAGGUUGGUAGAGGUCGGUGCGCUCUCUGCGAUGAGCUCUGCCCCGAAAGCAAGUCAGAAGAGGCAGUCUGUGCCAGUGAUAACACAACUUACCCAAGCGAGUGUGCCAUGAAAGAGGCAGCCUGCUCAAUGGGUGUGCUUCUAGAAGUAAAGCACUCUGGAUCUUGCAACUCCAUUAAUGAAGACCCAGAAGAUGAAGAGGAAGAUGAAGACCAGGACUACAGCUUUCCUAUAUCUUCCUUUCUAGAAUGGUAAAACUUCCAUCACUAUUGAAACAGCCAUUGGGCACAAAAAUCAAUGUCCAUACUGUAAAUAAGUGUAUGCUUAUUUAUUUUGGGGAGAAAAAAAAAGUAUACAUAUAGUUGAGUCUCGUAGACAUUUAUUUAUACUGUGUCAUGUUUUAUAAUUUAUACAUAAAAUGUCUUGUUGACUGUACACCUUGUUUUUUGAAGAAAUUUAUUCGUUACGGGAAGAGCAGUGUUAUUUAUUGUGAGGUCUCUUGCUUGUAAAUUAAAGCUUUUCUUUUUUCUUGUAAACUAUAACUAUUCCUUAGAGUCUACCCACAUGAUGUCAUCUCUUCGUUUCACUGAUGUUAACUUCUACUUUAACAAACUUGCAUGUCAGUUUCUGUUAUGUUUAUUUAUUGGAUUUUCUUCUUGCUGGUUCUGUACAUUAAAGAUCCCUGUGUUCUUGUUUACAAGGAAUCUUGACUGACCAAAAGGCAUUGUAAUUGACUUAAGUAUACUUUCAGGGUGUGGUGGGGUGAUUUUUAAGGAAACUUCUUCCCCUUAAUUUUUCUCUACUUCUGAUCACAUAUACUGAAGUAAUUUCAAUGUAUUGAGAGUUUAUACUGUGCUAUACAAAUUCCAUAUCUGAAGAUCUUGGAUUAUGAAAGUCGAUAACAGCUACAGGAAUAACUGUAAUAAGAAUACGGGGUUUAUUUUAUUUUUACUGGUUGUUUUUUUUUUGUAACAUGCAUAAGUGUUUUAUCAGGUGUUUCCUUUAAGAUGGUCUUGCAGUACCACUUUCAAAGUUUUCUUUUCCCAAUCGGUGUGUUGCUAAAAGUUUUAUCAAAGCUUUAUCAGUUCAAGUUUCUUGCUUUUCAUAAUACUUUUUUUCUGAUGCAAUUUUAUAUUUUCAAACAUGGCGAGUUAAAUAUAAAUUCAUUUAAAUAUAUAGUUUUGUACUUUUCUACCAUGUAAAUGUGCAAUGUAUAUAAAAGUUAUAAUGUGUAUUUGUAAAUAAAUGAUGAGUGAAAAAAUAAAAAGUGGAAUUUUCCCUA